AAACAAUUUCUCGCCAACUUCGAGCUUGCAAAGCCCAGUCAUUAAAGAAGAAGCAAUUAGAAGAUAUUGAGCCUCUACAAAGUAAUCCUGACUUGGAAGAAGGCUAUUGCAGAGCUCUUCUUUGUCGUUUACGUUUUCCACUACUACCUUGUUCUCACGAGUAUGAAGAAACCCCAAGGAAAGGGUUUGGAGUUGGCUCGUAAACAUGUGGCAUCAUGCUUGUCUGAAUUAACUCACAUCACUAAGUCACAAGAAUUCCUCAGAGCCUUGUCAUAUGGAUUUCAUCAAGAUGAUAUUCAAAGUAGCACCACUGCCUCAGGUUGUAGGCCUAUUGGUUUUGAUGCUAGCUUAAACAACAGAUUUUCUGCUCCAACUCCACCACGGGCAACACAUAUCCUUAGUUGGAAAGAAGCUGUCAGUUAUUUUCAGAAGCUGCUGAGUGAUUUAGAUUUCGUAUGUUCCUUGAACACGGAUUUAGUGCUUGAUGAUGUUUUCUGCUUUAUUGUCCAAUUCCAGAAACCUCAACCUGAUCUGGUGGCUAGAGCUCAUCUCCAGAUUUUAUUGAUUCAAGAUGGAAAGCUUUACGGCAAAGAAUUCUUUCAUGAUAUUAUCUCAAGAGAAUUAGGGCUACCAGAACUUACAAAGGGUAAAGAACAUCAGAAAAAUGAGUUCAUUGUACAGUUAGGCCAGUUGAUUAUCAAUUUGCUUAAAAUACUUUGUGCAAACACUGCAUGGCAACGUCGCAAGCUUGGGAAAAUAUUACAGGACUGGAGUGUUCUUUCAUUACAGGUUCAUGCCUAAUGACUAAUGAGCAUUAAAUUCCUCUCCUUGCUGUUAUUCCUUUU